AAGGUGUCCUACGGGUAAGUAGGUCCCAAAUGGUAGACAUUAAGUCAAUUCUCAUUAGAAAGCAAAAUCAUUGGGUUCUAAUCCUAAUAGUUCUAAUGGUGGAGAAGUCUUUUAAUAGGCCCUCACAUCAGUAAAAACAUAUUCAAACUCGAGAUACAUUAAUUAGACCUAUAACGCUGAAACACUUCUACUGUAAAUAGGUCAGCUGAAGUGUUCAGUUCUGUGAGCCGUUUGAUAAGCCUGUAGUCCUCUCCUCUCGGGUUUGGCGUGGAGAAAAUGAACGUGCUUUGCUUUAAACCGUUACUGAGUCCUGCUGAACACUAUCGAUUGCGCUGUUGUGUCCAGCCGGUUGUAAACUCGGCCUGGGGUCGAGGGGGGAUGGGCCGAGUAAAAUGUAGUCGCUUGCAGCGCUGCUCAACAAUUCAGCAGCUUCAAACGGCCCUCCAAACCCCCCACCACCUAAAACACAAAUCACGAGUCUCUCACUCCUUGGCGCCAUCCCAAAGGAGCUGUAGGCCAAUGAGAGCGCGGCGGGGGCGGGGCUCUACCCGAAGGGGAGGGUCCUUGUGGAGCUACACGUACCUGCAGAGCCGAGGGGACUUUAAAUCACAAUCCUUCAGUGCUGCACAGUAACGGCUAACUUUGUGCGCGUGGUGGGGUUUGAGAUUCGCUCCUAGACCGUGAACACGUUUCUGGUCCCUCUGGGGCUCGUAUAUCAGCUUUUCUCUCGGUUUUGACUCUGAAACGCCGCGAUGUCCACGGUUCAGUUUUCCAGCAGCAGCCGCAGUGUUUUGGGGACACUGGCCUCCUCCUCCUCCUCCAGGAGCUCCCCUCUGAUCCGCAGGGACACGCCGCCGCCGCACGCCAGAGUCUGCCGAAGCCUUUUCGGACCGGUGGACCACGAAGAGCUGAACCGCGAGAUGAAGGAGAAGCUCCGUGAGAUCGCCGAGCGCGACCAGAGGAGGUGGAACUUCAACUUCGGCACCGGAGUGCCGCUGCUCGGGGAGUACGAGUGGGAGGAAACGCCUGGAGAAACCUCGCCCGCUUUCUACCAGGAGUGCGUGCGAGUGGGCAAGAGGAGCAGGGCUGAGAGGGCGAGCCAGACACCCGCAAAACGGCCCAGAGAAGAAGAGGAGGACUCUGACUCUAACAGAAGAGAGAGUGAGAGCUUUAGGGAGCUCCGCGCUGAUCUACCAGAGAGAACAGCCCCGGAGAAGAAGAGCUCAGGCAGCAGCAGCCCCUCAGGAAGACUGACCUGCAGGGGCGUCCUGAGGAAAAGACCCUCCUCAGCGCUGAACGCGACCCUCAUUACAGACUUUUAUGUAAAGCGAAGGAACAGCGGCGGAGCGACGCGCUGCGAAAGUAUCAGCCGAAAGUCCCUCCCUCCGGCCGCGGAGGAGCAAACGCCCCGAAAACGGAUCAGAUGAAGGUCUCUGCAGAGCUGCUGUUCGGGAGAAAGAGGGGACUUCUCUGCCCUCCGUAGCCGGAAAAUCCAGAGGACGUUGAGUGAAUGAAGGAAGGAGCUUCUUCGCGUGACAAGCCAAAUAUGAGUCAGCCUCAGGACUGUUACAGUGAAGUCCAUCGGUCCCCGCGUGAGAAACUGCGGAAGAAAUGUAGCAAAACUGUGGUUCUUUAAUAGGAUUGUUACAGACAGUGAAAUCAGUGGUCUGUGUGACUAACCACCUAACCCACACCUGUAGCUCAGGUUCGUUUGUUGUAGGCCACACUGUGUCCUUUGGCCUGCUGGUUUCCACACUGUGUUCAUAAUGGUGAUAUCACCCAGGUGUGUUUAAUUUGAUGUCCUUGAGGUUUUUCUGCAGGGAGCCUGAGCGUUGAAAUGUGAAAUUCUUGAGUUGGUUUUCUACUUACACGUAACUGAAUGUAAUCCAGCCAUUUUUUACAGUUAAAAACCCCCCACAAGAGCAUCAAAGAGUGUUUCUUGAAGGAAUGUUAACAGAAGUGUGUCCUGCUGUUCAAGCGUGACCAUCUUGUUUGUAGUUCUCUGUUCAGAUUAAUUUCAUUUUUAAUAUUCAACUGCAAAUUUCUUAAAACCGGUUGACCAAGUCCUUGUAGGGGGUCUUUAUUAGUUAACAAUUGCGUAUGUACAGCCCAGAGAGAACACGACAACUUUCUCACAAGAUCUGAAGGUAAAACUGCUUGAACAAAGCUUAUUUCACUUCGACCGAGGCUAGUUAUCUACAUUGGUGAAACAAGUAAAGCUUUAAAAAAAGAGAGAGACAGAGACAGAAGGCCUUUGGGCCAACCGUUUGUUGUUUUUGUAAAUAUGCACAAUAUAUUGUAAAGAACGUUUUAACUUAAUUUAUUUAUGUUUCCAUGUCUCUUGUUUAAUUUUUCUUUGUGUUUGCAAUCAGAAUUGUAGCCUAGCUUUUCGAUGUAGCAUUCACCCUGAAAACAGGGUCCAUCAUGCUUCUGAGCCAUUUUGUCGCUGUUGUCAACUAUGUUUCACAAAUAAAUUUUGUAAGAUAACA